ACAGAGGCUCAAUCAAACAGCAGCUCAACCUCUCUCCUCUCCGUCAACCUCUGCCCUGCAUUUCCACCAAAAUUGCAAAAGAGCCACUCCCUUCCUUUCCCUCUUCAUCCUCUCCCCUCUCUCUAUAUCUCUACAUCAACAUCUCUACCCUCCAUUUUCACCAAAAUUACAAAAAGGCCACUCCCUUGCCUUCACCUUCAGCCUCUCCCAUCUCCAUCUCCACAUCAACAUCUCUACCCACCAUUUUUCACCAAAAUUACAAAAAGAGCCACUCCCUUCAGCCACCAAUGUCCGUCACCUGCGGAAUCGAGUGCGUUGUCUGCUUUGGUUGCUCCCGCUGGUUAUGGAAACGCUGCACCUACGUGGGCUCCGAUGACAGCGCCACGUGGACAUCUGCCACCCUCGAAGAAUUCGAGCCCGUCCCUCGCAUCUGCCGCACAAUCCUAGCCGUCUAUGAAACCGACCUCUCCUGUCCCAAAUUCCUCCCAGCCAACGGCGGAUACCGCAUGAACCCCGACUGGCUCGUCAAGCGCGUCACCUACGAGCAAACCCAAGGCCAGGCCCCGCCCUACAUCAUCUACAUCGAUCACGACCAUCAAGAGAUCAUCCUAGCCAUCCGUGGCCUUAAUCUGCGAAAAGAGUGCGACUACAAGGUAUUGAUGGACAACCGCUUAGGGAUGCAGAUGUUCGACGGUGGGUAUGUCCACCAUGGCCUGCUGAAAUCGGCGGUCUGGCUGCUCAACCAGGAAGCGGACACUCUCCGUGAACUGUGGCAGCAGAACGGAUCGACGUACAAGAUCGUGUUCGCUGGCCACUCAUUGGGGUCUGGCGUUGCGGCGCUGAUGGCGAUUGCGGCGGUGAAUCAUAGGGAUAAGAUCGGUGGGGUGCCGAGGGAGAAGAUGCGGUGCUAUGCCGUGGCACCCGCUAGGUGUAUGUCAUUGAACCUGGCAGUGAAGUAUGCUGAUGUGAUAUACUCGGUUGUUCUGCAGGAUGAUUUCUUGCCCAGGACGCCUACGCCUUUGGAAGACAUUUUUAAGUCGAUCUUUUGCUUGCCCUGCUUAUUAUUUGUUGUUUGCAUGAGAGAUACAUUCGUACCAGAGGAUAGAAAGCUCAGAGAUCCGAGAAGGCUUUAUGCUCCUGGACGAAUAUAUCACAUUGUGGAGAGAAAAUUCUGCAGAUGUGGAAGGUUUCCUCCUGAAGUGAGGACUGCCAUUCCAGUUGAUGGAAGAUUUGAACAUAUUGUCCUAUCAUCCAAUGCCACAUCUGAUCAUGCAAUUAUUUGGAUUGAAAGAGAAGCGCAAAAAACUUUAGACAGGAUGAAGGAGAGCAUGGAGGCGGCGAAGACCCCCCCAACAGAGCAGAGAAUCACGAGGCAAGAAACAAUCAAGAAAGAACACAAGGAUGCAUUGGAAAGGGCAGUUAGCUUGAAUGUACCACAUGCCGUCAUGCCAGAUGAAACUGCCGAAGAGGGAGCAAUGGAAGGUCCACCUGGUGGUCAGGAGGAAGGACCUUCUGGUGGACAUUCCUGCAGUGGAUCGCAAUCCAGUGGAAGAACUAAUUGGGAUGCACUGGUUGAGAAGCUUUUCCACAGGAACGAGUCAGGAAAACUUAUUCUGAAGAAAGAUGUUGAUGUCGCCAAAUGAGAGCAGAUUUUAUCCUUCGGUCAGGAAGCCGAAUCGACGUGCAAGGUGUGAUCUCAUUGAGAUCUUGUAACUUGUUUCUUCCAUUUUCUCUUUUUUGUUUCUUCCAUUCUUUCUCGUUUGUUUUGGCUUGUGAGGCUGAUAUAGCUCAUGUAUGGCCUAGAGUUGUAUAAUAUCGUCUCAAAGAAUAAACUGGUGGGCGCUCGGUCUAAUGAGAGCCCAUCUCUGCGAAUGCAUAUGUGAUGUUGUUUGCCUGGUGUGCUCUUCC